UUUGCGCGCAAACGGCCUCACCAAGACCCAGGAAAAAAGAAAUGUGUACAGACCAUCACCAACAAUGGCUCAGACUGUGACUCCAAUUCUGUCUGUUCACCCCACACGGGGUCUUGUGGAUGAGAAGUUCAAGGUGGCGCUGGAGAAUCUGCCUCCUAGAUUUCCAGUAACGCUGCAUUCCCUUCAUCGGUCUGAGGACAAGGACUACUGGGAGGCCUUUGGCUACUAUGUCAGUGAUGACAGAGGCAGAGUGACUGUUUCUGAGGAUGUGAGUCUUGGGGGAACAUACACAGGAGCAGAACCCAUGGGUUUGCUGUGGAGUAUGCGCCCUGUUCCAGGCAGCCGGACCGGCCUCAGGUUGAGAAAGAUGGAUGUACGAAGCCCCAUGGUGGUGUUGAUCUCAGUAUACAAAGGACAUGUUUUUGAGGGCUUCAGGGAGCAGCCUCCCAUGGCCUCAGCAGUCACAGAGAGAUGGUACAUGGCACCAGGCGUACAGAGGAUAGACAUCAGAGAGGGAGCAGUCAGAGGAACCAUCUUUAUACCUCCAGGUCCAGGACCCUUCCCUGGGGUGUUGGAUAUGUGGGGAGGGGGUGGAGGGCUGGUGGAGUAUCGUUCUGCCCUGCUGGCGUCCCACGGUUUUGUUUCUAUGGCACUGGAUUAUAUGUCCUUUGAGACGUUCAAGACACAUGAUGAAUGCCUCAGCUAUUUUGAGAAAGUGUUAAGUAUCAUCCAGCAGCAUCCACAAGUGAUCAAAGACAGAGUUGGGAUUUGUGGUCUUUCCUUAGGUGCGACAGUGACUCUUACUAUGGCAGCGUACUGCAAGUCUAUCAGUCCUCGUUGUUGUGUGUCAGUCAGCGGGAGCCAUGUCUUUCCAUACGGCGUGUCACUUGCUGAAGUAUUUCAGUUCAAGGAAAUGGAUAUGGGCAAGGCACGUCUGGAUGAGCAGAAACGUGUCAUAUGGCACGACAUGAUUCUGCCAAUUCCCACUGACCCCCAAAGGAAAGUCGCUAUGGGGAGGAUAAAAUGUCCACUGUUGGUGGUCAAUGGUGAUGAUGACCAGAACUGGGCCACAGUGGAAUCUGCUGAGGAUAUGGCUAAGAUGAUGCGUGCAGCUGGCAAUGACCAUCUGCUGACCACACUCACUUACCACGAUGCUGGACAUCUCAUCGAACCACCAUAUAUACCCCACUUCAGAGCCAGCAAUUUCAUAAUACAGCACUCAAAACAGAAAGUGGUGAUGCUGUGGGGAGGACAGACCAAACCCCAUUCAGAUGCUCAGGAAGACUCCUGGGAGAAGAUCUUGGCAUUUCUGCGGCAGCAUCUGUACCCCUGUCCCUCGUCCAGCCUCCCCCAGGCCAAACUAUGAAGCUGUACACAAACAUACAGAGCCGAGCCCGGAGGGCUGUUCCACAAAGCAACAUUACUGGUUAAGACAGGCUCAUUUUGCCAAGUUAGCCUUAUUUUUAAGAAAUUUGGUUCCACCAUUUGGGUUUAAAUAAGCCUGACCUAAGUCACCAUGGAAACUCAUCCCUCCAGGAUGGUGUUCAGGCUCAGCUUCAGCUGUGCCUUAAACAACGUCACAAUCCUCUGAUCCUCUGACCUGACUGAACCGUGGUGUUGAAGCUUGCAAAUGAGUAGCUCAUUGCCAUGAAAUACAUUUUCUUUGCAGCAUGGUCACACCUGGCCCAUAAAAAUCUUUUAUACAGUAUAUAUAAGUUCUGACCAGCGUGCCAUUAACUUAAAAUUGACUUUCAAAUACAGUUAGGUCCAUAAGUAUUUGGACAGUGACACAGUAUUCAUAAUUUUGCCCUUGUACACCACCACAGUGGAUUUGAAAUGCAGUAAUCAAGAAGUGACUGAAGUGCAGACUUAAUUUAAAGAGUAUAACAAAAAUAUGACAUCAGCUGUUUAGGAGUUACAGCCAGUUUUAUACAUUGUCACUCCAUUUUCAGAGGAACUGGCUGUAAUUCCUAAAAGGUUAAUGCCGUAUUUUUGUUCAGUCCCCUAACUUAAAGCUGAAAGUCUGCACUUCAAUCACAUAUUGAUUACUCAAUUUCAAAUCCACUGUUGGUGGUGUAUAAGGACAAAAUUAUGAAUAUGGUGUCACUGUCCAAAUACUUAUGGACCUAACUGUACAAGCAUUUUUGUUAACUUUUAGCAAGAAAUACGUUUGAUUGCUAGGAAUGUAUUUUUUAUGAUAUAUGGUAACAAAAUAGGAACAAAUAUUGAAUAAAAUUUAAAGUAUCCCUUGGCUAAUUAAGCUUUUCCUCAUUUUAAAAACUUGUACACAUCUAUUAUGUUUUUUCUUUGAUUAAUUGAGCAUUUAAUUUGCAGGCCAGCUUCAAUAAUUAUGAGUUGAAUAAAUUGAAAUCCUCAGUUUGGACUACAGUUUGAUCUAGCAGGUGUGCUCAGUCUUUGCCAUGCUUUUGGAUCAUGAUCAGUACACUCCAUCUUAUGCUCUUGGUUCUAAGAUGAAGAUGAAAGGAACUCUCCCUGUGUUUGUGGGGUUCCCAUGUUUGUCCAGUGAUGGACUUGGCAAUCUGUCCAGGGUGUUUCUCUGCCUUGUUCCCACUGCUGCGGGGCAAUGCUACAUACCCCUGUCACUCUGAGAGAAAAAAAUGUAUGAAUGAAACUCACAUUAUGACUUACAGUGCAGAGAGCAUUUUA